UGUUGGCCCUUUGCUAAAUGUGUCCUUUAAAUGAAUAUACAAAAAAACAGUCAUAAAGCCACGAGGUAGACUUAUAUUUGAUAUUAUCAGAUCAGGUUGGCAGAAUCUAACAAGCAAACCCACUGACUACCAGACUAUUUAGUAUGCCAGAACAAGAUUUAAUAUGCCAAAAAGUCCAGCCAUGUUAAGAGGAAGUAUGUCCUAAAUGAAUGCAUACUACAUGCAACAGUUCAUUCUCUGUAAGCAGCUGCGUUAUGUACAAAAAGAAAAAGUAUGCGAUUUUAAACGCAUCUUUUGUUUCAGAGUCUCAAACUGUUGGAACCACACUAAAUCCGUCUGACAUACUAUAUGUUAUGGUAGUACAGGUAUUGGAACGAACAGUGUAUUAAAACACGUCAUCCACUGUCGUCUCAUGCGCGGACUCGCAGCGCACCUGCGCAAGAUUGACACCUGUAGAUAUAGUUUUUGCUUUAGUAAAAUCUGGUUUCUGUUUACUUCAAUUCAUCGAGGAUUUACUCUGGUUUCGGAUUCUCUGUCCGCCGUGCAGACAUGAGAGAAAACAAACAUGUUUCCCUCAAGAACUCAAGGCAACACGCGGUGAGUUUGAUUCAUACAUGUUCGUUUAGUGUCUUUAGAUAUUGAAACAGGAAACAUUAGAGACGCAUUGUCUCUGUGAAGGGAUAGAAGUCUCAGCUGUCGUGAGUACUGCAGAGACAGCUGGAGUGAAAUUUGGAUACUCUCUGUAAUAAACAGUCAAUUUAUUUGCGUGCUUCUUUUCUCCUAAAGUGGCCACCAUUCUCCCCUCGAUAUUAUGUGGCAGUGUCUAAUUGUUUGGUACUUUCUGUCAUUUGCUUUUCAACCAAUUCAUUUUAGCUGAAUGUCACAAUUCUUCUGAGUUGAUUGGAGGUUAAUUCACAUCACCUGUUGCUGCGGAGAAUUAAUGCAGACCUCAUUCUAGCAGAUUAGUCCAGGAACUGGUCUACGGGCUCUGUCGAGACUUCUUUGCUGUCUCUUGCUGUUCUGGUUGUGGGUGAUUUUGAGCAGUCUGAAUCCUAGUUUGGGUAAAUGUUAAAGAACACAUUUCCACUUUGUUACCUGCUGCAUCAGGGCAGGUGUCGGUGAUAUACGUGCAAGAGUUUGUCUAUUGGUAUAUUUUCAUUAAAACCCUUUUUAUACACAUUUCUUCAUGAUUAGAGGAUUCUUUCAUUAUUAUUAAGGAGGUAUGUUUUCAUUGUGAAGGCAUUUGAGAGGUUUGUUUCUCCAAGUAAUUAUUUCUGUGUUAUGAGUUUUGUUAACUGGUUCUCAGUUUCUUGUUUCUUCCCGAUCAGCUUAAAUCAGUACCACCACAAUUAAAUUAUUUGGUAAUAACAAUAAAAACAAGUUAUUAUUGUACUAUACACUCAAUCAUAAUCAAAUUGUCGUCAAUGAACUUUUUCACCAACCAAAUCAAUCCAUUAAACUGUUUCCGCAUUAAUGUUUUGAUUAUGUAAAAAAAAAAAAAAAACACCAGGCUUAACGUGAAGUUUCCUAGCGGCACCUGAACGCAGCAAAGCCCCUUUUGGCGCACAUGAGUAUGACGUCAUGCGCUUGGACCGAGCCGUGACCUGCUGCUCCCGCUAUGCUAGGGGUCCGUAGCGACAGAUGUUCCGCUUAAAACACAGUAAAUACCCGUUAUUUGUGAAAUGUGGCGCGUUAAACGGUAACAGUUUAGUCACUAUAGAAGGUAACCAGCGUGGCAGCAGCGAUUCUCACGAGCGACGAUCGCUAACUGAAAGUGAAACAGAAAAUCGGAGCUACAUACGUUGUUGCGAACUUGCGGAGUUCGCCCUUAAAUAAACUCGAUCGAGGUACGUUUGUUUUUGUCGUUGUUAAAAUGGGAGUGACGGUUGUAUUCGCUGUCAUUGUCGCUACUUCCUUGUGUUGCGUUAACGUUAAUAAUGGGGUGUAGCUACGAUUUAAGCUGUUACUGUACAUUUAUACUGUAAACACGUAGCAGGUGUUGCACCAAAGUCAGCUGUAAUGCCUCUCCAAACAUAGAUAGUGUUUUAUUAGUUUAGUAUUUAAAUUAGACCGUUUGACAGAUGUGAACCAAGUGCAUGUGACCACAUAGCACAUCUGUUAUAAUACAGUAUUUGAUUGAUGACAAUGGGCUCCAGCUAAACAUCAGGACAGUUUAUAGACUGGUUGACAUAAUUGAUUGUAACACCUGUUCUAUCACACAGUGAGGAGUGUUUUUAUUCUUCAUUAUCGUCUCUAUAACAAGACAUAAACAUGGUUUCUUCUUGGCUCUAGCAGCGGCUUGACUCUCCUCAUCAUGGACCCCUGAAAUCUUCAGGCUUCAGCGACUCAUCAGAGGGAGCGAGCAGAUGGGGAACAUUUGCUGUCCCCCUGAGAAUCCCUGUGGAAAUGCGGAGGAAAGAAGUGUUUUGCUGAAGGAUGACUCGAAGGCCAUGGUGCCCGCAGGGGGAACCAUUGUGGGGGGCACCUGUGGCCCUGGAGGAGAUGAAGACUUAAGAAAACUGCCCGAUGAGGCCGAUAUAAAGGUGGAACAGGCUGUGCAGGUGAAGCAGAGUACCGGGAUUGCAGAGACGGAGCCCAAUAACACUCGUGAGAACGGACCCUUGCAGAAGGAGGUCAUGCAAACGGCAGCGCCGUCUCCCAGCAAAGGGUCUGAUCUCAAAGAAAACUCUGUCGGAGUACAAGAUGAAGAUAUGAAGGACCGUCCUGCAGACAUUAGACAGGCUGAACCCAUGCAAUGCACUUUAAACUCUCUGCAGGAGCAUGCCAGGGCUGAUUGGGUGGUUGUUACUGCAACAAAUGCGGCAACAGAAGAAGAAAAUCCAGUCUCAGAGGAGGACAAAAUCCCUGACAGCAGCUCACCAACAAUAGAGGCCGUUUGCCCUGAAAAACCUGCUGAGACUAACGCAACAAGAGAGCUCAUUACAGUGGACAAUACCACUGAUAAUGAUGAUGAAGCAGAAGAAUCCAAAGUCACUACUGAAAACAGUGUAGCUGAGCCGUCGGGGGAGGUUUCUCACAACAAUGAAGUGAUAUCUGUGCCGAACCCUCGGCCCUCUGCAGCAGCUGGUCAGACGUCGUCCGGUCUGGAGAACGACGAAGAGUCUCCGAGCUGUGCUGUGACGGAGGAUUCAGACGACGGCAGUUCUUCAGUGAGCAUGGAGGGCGGUCCUGAAGUCCUAAAAAGCCACGAGGUCUGCGACUCUCCUCCUGGAGCGGAGCCCACGGGACUCGACCACAGCGGCGUGGAACGAGACUCCACCAACUGUGUCAGGGAGCCAGAGACCACAGCGCCGGCAGACGCCAGCGAGAGCUCAAAGACUGAUCAGGAUGCAGAGCCAGAUGUUGAGUGUUCAACUACGAGCUCAAAGGAGGUCACUUCCUUGGAGAACACCAAACAGGAAAUUGAAGAGGAAAUGAUGGUGAAAGGGCAGGACACAGAAGAAGAUGUUCCCAAAGUUGAGGAGGAUGAGAUUAAGGAGGAGGCAGAGGCAGAGACUGGAAAAGAUGCUGAGAUUCGGGAGGUAACUGGAAAAGAGGAGCAGCCGGCAGUGAGCUCGUCCCCGGAUGUAAACGCUGGUGAGAAACCCGUGAGAAAGGAGGAAGACUCUGCUGAAGAAGGCACGGGGAACAGUGAAGAAGACCUUUACAGAGGAGCCGAGGAGCUGUCGGCAUCACAACACGAUAAACCAGAAACUACAGUGUUAAAGGUGGAGGACAGGUGCAGUUUGGGUCCAGUGGUGGAGAUUCUGUCUUACAGUGAGAGAGAGUGGAAAGGGAACACUGCCAAAAGUGCUCUCAUUAGAAAGGGUUACAGAGAGAUGUCCCAGAGGUUUGGCUGCGUGAGGAGGGUGAGGGGCGAUAACUACUGUGCCCUCAGAGCCACCCUGUUCCAGCUGCUCUCCCACAGCACCCAGCUGCCCGCAUGGCUGCAGGAGCAGGAUGUGAACAUGCUGUUGAAGCAACUUGAGGCCCAGGAAGGCCUCUUUAGUCAGUGGACAUUUCCUGGAGACUGCCUGCAGGGAGACGGGACAGGAGACGCCACCCUGCAGCUAAAAGGCUACAUGGAGCUUCUCCGAAAUAAGUGGCAGGCCGCGGUGGACUGCUCCUCUGCUGUGGAGCGUCAGCAGCUGUGCGAGCGAGUGUUUCACGGAGGAGAAGAGGAGCUGGGCCUGCUGGAGGCGCUCAAGCUGCUGAUGAUGGGCCGAGCGGUGGAGCUGCACGGCUGCAUGAUGGGCGGCGGAGACGUCCCGCUCUUCUGCUGGCUGCUGUUCGCUCGGGACUCAUCCGACUGCCCGCGCUCCUUCCUCUCCAACCACCUCGGCCACGUGGGCCUCAGCGCCGGGCUGGAGCAGGUGGAGAUGUUCCUGCUGGGCUACGCCUUGCAGUGCACCAUCCAAGUUUACAGACUGUACAAGGCCGACACGGACGAGUUUGUCACGUACUACCCGGACGAUCAUAAGGACGACUGGCCGUCCGUGUGCCUCGUCACGGAGGAUGAUCGCCACUACAAUGUGCCGGUUGUAGAAGCUGCAGAAGAGCUCCACAAGCUGCUCGGCUCCAGCUGAUCUCCUGCCAUACAAACAAAACACUCCUCAGGUCAAUCCAGGUGAAUUCAUUUACGCCAAUUGAAGGAAUGUUGGGAAAUUGGCUUUCUUGCUGAGAGUUUGACGAAAAGAUCGAUACCAAUUUAUGUUUGUCUUUUUUAAAUGUGAGGCCACAGCCAGCAGCUGGUUAGCUUAGCACAAAGACUGCAAACGGGGGGGAAACGGCUAGCCUAGCGCUUUGUGGUUAGCCAACCGGCUGCUUGCUGUAGCUUCAUAUUUAGCGUACAGAUAAUUAGAGUGGUAUCGAUCUUCAUGUCUAACAUACGGCAAGAAAGCAAAGAAGUGUUUCCCAAAAUGUUGCUCUAUUCCUUUAAAAAAAGAUAUAUGCUGAUUUAAGACCCUGUACAAGAUGUGGUUUACACACUUCUGUACACACUGUACUGUAUACAGAGUUUUCUAUUUGGGUACAUGUACAUAUAUGUGCAUCAGAUAUUGCAGCAUCAUCUCAGUUAAGUCCAGAUUAGUUAGUGUGUCCUUUUGACUUUCAGGUGGGGGGGAAACCCAAAUCUUCUGUGAAACCUUUGUUUUACAUUCUUCUCAAAACACAAUGGAGCGGCCAACAUGAUUAGAUGGUUGGUGUUUACACUGGAAUUUGGGAACUUUCAUUUGUGUAUUUAUAUAUAUUUUUUUCAUCAUGUGAAAGUGUUUUCAAUUAAUUGAAUUAGUCAGUGAAGGUCUGAUUUAUGAGGUUUAACAAACGCUCGCACCCGAUCGGAGGACGUGGAAGAUUAAUCACAGCCUCUGUGUCAGAGGAUGGUCUGUGUGUAUGUUUGCAAUUUUGUGUGUGUGUGUGUGUGUGUCAAACUAAAUGUGUAACAUGUUGCCUUUAACCAAGCUGUUCUGAGGGCAAAAAUGUGCCAAUCUUGCUGCAAAUACUGGCAACAGUUCCAACCACCAGCCACUGGGUUCAGUAGUUAAACGCUCGCUUGGUCCUCCAUGUUGCCUUAGAAAUAAUGCACAAUAAGAAUGAAUGUUGGUUAUCGGCGAAAAUAGGCUAUUUUCUUGCUCUAACCCGAAGGUGAUCCGUUAACCGUGAAACAUUUAUGGCAUUGGCAGGAAUGUUCUGUCAGAUUUUUGGAUGGAAUUUGGAUAAAAUGAAAGUACAAUUUUUGUAAGUCGUUUUUUUUUUUUUUUGUUUUUCUCCCCUCUUUGAUUUUUAUCGGCUUGUUAUAGCUUUUAUUGUUUGUAUGAGAACUAUUAACAUGAAUGUGAAGUGAAGAAUGCUACAUAGUGACUCACUAAGUCUGUUUGGGGUCUCAUAGACUCUUAUCUGUAAAACAUGGUUAAAUACAAUGGAUUUUCAUAAACUCUAAAUCUGA